AGGUUAAACCAGACCCUGCGCAAUUCUCCCAAAUCAGCGCUCCAUCCCGCCGCCUAUGGCCAACAGCAGACGCGACGAUCCGACCCGCACACGAUAUAUCCUCUCAGAAUUGGCCCGAUUCCCAAAUUUCCGCUUCUGGUACGUUCGCAUUUGGUGAGCAAUGGGUGAUACGGUAGAUUUAACCGGGAAUGGAGGUGUUGUGAAGACAAUCGUAAGGCAUGCCAAAGCCAAUGCUGAUGCUCCAACCGAUGACCUUCCUCUUGUUGAUGUGCAUUAUGAAGGAGUUCUCGCUGAAUCUGGCGAAGUAUUUGAUUCUACUCGUGAGGAUAAUACCAUUUUCUCUUUUGAGCUUGGAAAAGGAUCCGUGAUCCAGGCUUGGGAAAUUGCUGUCAAGACAAUGAAGGUCGGUGAGGUUGCUAAAAUCACUUGCAAGCCUGAAUAUGCUUAUGGAAGUGCUGGUUCUCCACCAGACAUCCCACCAAAUGCAACUCUUAUUUUCGAGGUGGAACUAGUGGCCUGCAAGCCACGGAAAGGCUCAAGUCUAGGCAGUGUUUCGGAGGAAAGGGCCAGGCUCGAAGAAUUGAAAAGGCAAAGGGAGGCUACUGCUGCAAUAAAAGAGGAGGAGAAAAAGAAGAGAGACGAAGCCAAAGCAGCGGCAGCUGCCCGCAUUCAAGCCAAGUUAGAUGCCAAAAAGUGUGGAAAGGGAAAGAACAAAGCAAAAUAACGUCGAUACCCAGUUGCAUUUAACAUCUACAACGCAAGAGGUCAGUUAAACAAAAUAAAUGAGAUGAAACUUUGAAGCCAUGGGUUUGUAAUACAUUUGAAUUUGCUGCUACAAAUAGUGAGUCACGCUGCUGAGUAUUUUGAUUGUAUGCUGGAUUUGAACUUAGCAUUUUGCUUUUAAUUUCACUGAUUAGCCCAUACGUAGCUGACAACGCA